UACAGCAGAACAUUUGCUCUUCUAACCCAGCUUUAAGAUGGCUUUCGGAACUGGACGUGCUAUCAACUACCUUCAGAACAUAUUGUUUGAACACUGGUCCUAAUCGGAUGGUGUGCGGAAAUUAGACCGGAUUUGAAGGGCUUUUGUCCUCCGUGAGGGGUGUCCGUCUCGACGACACCUUCAGUUUCCCCUCGGCAUUCUGCACUGCGCUCGAUACCAGUCUGUGACACUGGCUGUCGCCUUCAGUUUGUAAAUAUUACCGUCUCUCCGACCAGGCUAUAUCUUCAUCACAGCUUCUGUUAAAAUGGCCACCAUGGAGAAGCUAAUGAAAGCGUUUGAGUCGCUAAAAUCAUUCCAGCAGCAGCAAGGCCCGCUGUCGGCCGAGGAGCUCGUCCAGAAACAGAAAAAAGACCUUGCUACAACCAAAAAGGACAGAGUGACGCAUUGCCUGACGAUAUGUGAAAACAUUGUGGCACAGUCGCUGAGGACGUCUCCAGAGUUCCAGAAACUUCUUGGAAUCGCCAUGGAAAUGUUCUUGCUGUGCAGCGAUGACAAGGAGUCUGAUGUCAGGAUGGUGGCCGAUGAGUGCCUGAACAAAAUCAUCAAAGCAUUGAUGGAUUCCAACUUACCUAGACUACAACUUGAACUGUAUAAAGAGAUUAAAAAGAACGCUGCCUCUCGGAGUCUGCGGGCAGCCCUGUGGAGGUUUGCAGAGCUUGCUCACCUGGUGCGUCCACAGAAAUGCAGGCCGUACCUUGUGAACCUGCUACCGUGUUUGACACGAAUCACAAAACGUCAAGAAGAGACUGUGCAGGAAACUCUCUCUUCUUCAAUUCCUAAAAUCAUGGCUGCCCUCGGACACUUCGCCAAUGAUGGAGAGAUUAAGAUGCUGCUGAAGGCCUUUGUCGCCAAUCUGAAGUCCAGUUCUCCCACUAUUCGUCGAACAGCAGCCAGCUCGGCUGUCAGUGUGUGUCAACACUCACGCAGAACACACUACUUCUACACCUGGCUCCUCAACGUGCUCCUCAGUUUGGUAGUACCGGUGGACGAGGAGCAUUCCAGUCACCUGAUUCUGGGUGUAUUACUGACACUGCGCUACUUGAUGCCUCUUAUUCAGCAGCAGACUCCUAACACCAGUCUGAAGGGCAGCUUUGGGCUUGUCCGGAAAGAGGCCGACGUCACCCCUGCACCUGAACAGCUCAUUCAGGUUUAUGAACUGACCCUGCACUACACACAGCACUGGGAUCACAAUGUGGUGACGGCGUCUCUGGAGCUCCUGCAGCAGAUGUUUCGCACUCCUCCCCCUGAGCUCCUGAACAUACUGAUCACGCCGGGCAAAAUAACACACACCAGUGUCUUCAGAGAGGAGACGGAGAGCCGUGCACGCAGUGGAAGCAUCCUCGAGCUUAUUGCCGGCGGGUCAACAUGCAGUCCUCUUCUCCUCAGGAAACAGAAAGGCAAGCUGUUGUCAGGUGAAGAAGAGGGUUUGGAGGAUGAUUCUGAGAGGGCAGAGGUUACCACAGGAUCCUUCACUGCCUCAGUUGGUGGUGACAGCUCCAGUGAAGCUCCCUCCUCAUCAGGCGUUUCGUCUCUUGGCACGUCUGACAUCAUUACCGAGCAGCCGCGCUCCUCCCAGCAUGCCUUGCAGCCUGGUGACUCGGUGGACCUGAGUGCAUCAGAGCAGGGCGUCGGACCCGAUACUCCAGAUGAGGAAGACGAGGAGGACAUGCUAAGCCGUAGCUCAAGCGGAGGCGCCGGGCUUGUCAGCACAUCCGGCGACCUGGUAACAGAUGCCAACCAGAUGUCUGCUGGAGCCGUGUCUUCGUCGCCCCCUAGCGAGAGUUCUCAGACGACUACGGAGGGGCCGGACUCCGCCGUGACGCCUUCUGAUUGCGCAGAGCUCGUGCUGGACGGCAGUGAGAGUCAGUACUCAGGGAUGCAGAUUGGCACACUGCAGGAUGAAGAGGAGGAGGGAUCAGCUCCACCACCUGACAAACCUCCAGAGCCUUUCUCUCAGUCGGCACUUGCUUUAAGUAAGCCCCAUCUGCUGGAGGGAAAAGGUCACAACAGGCAGUCGUCUGAUAGCAGUGUGGAUCGAUUCAUACCAAAGGAAGAGGUUCUGGAACCUGCAGAACUCGACAACAAGCCAUCUAGGAUUAAAGGAGAUAUUGGUCACUAUACUGACCCAAAGGAAGAGCCUCUGGUGCACUGUGUCCGGCUGUUGGCUGCGUCCUUCCUGCUCACUGGCCAAAGAAACGGGCUGGUUCCCGAUAAUGAGGUGCGUGUGAGCGUGAAGGCGUUAGCCGUUAGCUGUGUGGGGGCAGCAGCAGCUCUUCUACCUGAAGCCUUCUUCAACCUGCUCUAUCUGCAGCCACUGGAUGGACAACAAACAGAUGAGCAACAGUACAUCAGCGAUAUACUACAGUACAUCGAACAUGGAGACCAUCAGAUCAGAGGAGCCACAGCCAUCCUGUGUGGAGCUUUAAUUCAAGCCAUUCAGCUCAAAACGCGCUACAACACAGAGACAUGGCUGUCCCAGAUCCACAGCGUCACAGGAAACUCUGUGACGCUGGAAAACUUUGUGCCUCUACUGCAGAGGAGUCUAAAAGACGAAUCUUCAGUCACCUGUAAAAUGGCCUGUGCUGCUGUCAGGCACUGUAUCAUGGCGUUGUGCAAUGGCAGUCUCAGUGAACUUGGCCUUCAGCUGCUUAUUGAUCUGCUGACCCUGAAGAACUGUUCCUAUUGGCUGGUUCGCACUGAGCUCUUAGAAACGCUUGCGGAAAUCGAUUUUCGGUUAAUAAGUUUUCUGGAGAGAAAAACUGAGAAGUUGCACAAAGGAGAGCAUCACUAUACUGGGUUGUUGAGGCUGCAGGACAGAGUUCUGAAUGACGUUGUGCUUUAUCUACUGGGCGAUGAGGACCCGCGUGUGAGACACGUGGCAGCAAACACCAUUGGCAGGCUUGUGCCCAGGCUGUUCUUCGACUGCGACCAAGCCCAGACAGACCCGGUUGUGGCCAUCGCUCGAGAUCAGAGCAGUGUUUACCUGCAACUGCUAAUGCAUGAGACCCAGCCUCCGUCGCAGUUCACCGUCAGCACUAUCACACGAACAUACCGUGGCUUCAAUCUGUGUCAGAGUGCGCCGGAUGUUACUGUGGAGAACAACCUGUCACGGGUCAUCACUGCCAUCUCUCACGCCCUCACCUCUUCCACUUCCAGAGCCAUGACAUUUGGCUGUUGUGAGGCUCUGUGCCUUUUGUCCAGCACCUUCCCAGUGUGCAACUGGAGCACAGGCUGGCACUGUGGCUUUGUGAGCUCUUCCGUCUUUCAUCUGAACCGCUCCAGCCAGUACCGCAGCCGAGGACGCUCCUUUAGUUUGUCUCAGCCUGGCAGUAAUGAGGAGGUGCGCAGGUCUUUGACAGUUGGUGUGGCCAGUAUGGUUUUGUCUCUCAUCUCCUCUGCUUGGUUCCCUCUUGAUCUCUCUGCCCAUCAGGCUGCUCUGCUACUGGCCGGAAACCUGAUCGCUGCUGUUGCACCCAAGUGCAUGAAAAGUCCAUGGGCAGGUGAGGAGGAGUCUAGUCCUGCCUCCUCAAAGGUGGAGGAGCCGUGGCCUGCUCUUAACGAUCGCUCUCUGGUUGUUAUGGUGGAGCAGCUGUUCUCACAUCUGCUGAAGAUCCUCAAUAUCUGCGCUCAUGUGCUUGACGACACUCCACCCGGUCCUGCGGUCAAGGCUUCUUUACCCUCAUUGGCCAACACUCCAUCUCUCAGUCCAAUCAGACGGAAGGGUAAGGAGAAGGACAUGAUGGAGACAGGCACCACCCCUAUGAGCCCAAAGAAAGGUGGAGAGACCAACACAGGCAGAGCAGCGGACAGCACGGCAACAGCAGCGGUUAACAAGUCCACCACUCUGGGCAGCUUUUACCACCUCCCUCCUUACCUGAAGCUUUAUGAUGCGCUGAGAGCAACACAAGCAAACUACAAAGUCACUUUAGACCUUCACAACACCAACGAGAAGUUUGGGGGUUUUCUGAGGUCGGCUCUUGAUGUUCUUUCUCAGCUGCUUGAGUUGGCCACACUUCAUGAUAUUGGCAAAUGUGUUGAAGAGAUCCUGGGUUACCUAAAGUCCUGUUUCUCAAGGGAACCCACUAUGGCCACUGUGUGUGUUCAGCAGCUCUUGAAAGCAUUGUUUGGGACAAAUCUUGCAUCUCAGUAUGAGGGGGCCUCAUCAAACCCCUGUCGGUCUCAAGGUAAAGCCCUGCGGCUUGGCUCAAGCAGCGUCAGACCAGGACUCUACCAUUACUGUUUCAUGGCUCCGUACACUCACUUCACCCAGGCCCUUGCUGAUGCCAGCCUCAGAAACAUGGUGCAAGCUGAACAAGAACAGGACGCCUCUGGGUGGUUUGAUGUCAUGCAAAAAGUCUCUAAUCAGCUGAGGUCAAGCAUCACCAAUGUCACUCGCCAUCGAGGAGAUAAGAAUGCCAUUCAUAAUCACAUCCGUUUGUUUGAGCCACUGGUGAUAAAAGCUUUGAAACAAUACACCACCAGCACCUCAGUGGCCCUGCAGAGACAAGUGCUGGAUCUACUCGCACAACUCGUCCAGCUGCGGGUCAACUACUGUUUACUCGACUCAGACCAGGUUUUCAUUGGUUUCGUGCUGAAGCAGUUUGAGUAUAUUGAAGUGGGCCAGUUCAGGGACUCUGAAGCGAUCGUGCCCAACAUUUUCUUCUUCUUGGUUCUGCUGUCCUAUGAGCGCUACCACUCGAAACAGAUCAUCAGCAUCCCAAAGAUCAUUCAGCUGUGUGACGGCAUUAUGGCCAGUGGCAGAAAGGCAGUAACACACGCAAUACCUGCUCUUCAGCCUAUAGUGCAUGAUCUGUUUGUGCUGAGAGGCUCCAAUAAAGCAGAUGCAGGGAAAGAGCUGGACACUCAGAAGGAAGUGGUGGUGUCGAUGCUGCUGCGCCUCAUACAACACCAUCAGGUGCUGGAGAUGUUUAUUCUGGUCCUCCAACAGUGCCACAAAGAGAAUGAAGAUAAGUGGAAGAGGCUUUCGCGACAGGUCGCUGACAUCAUCCUGCCAAUGAUCGGAAAACAACAAAUGCACCUGGAUUCUCAUGAGGCGCUGGGUGUGUUAAACACACUGUUUGAGUCUGUGGCUCCGUCCUCUCUGCGGCCUGUGGAUAUGCUGCUGAAGAGCAUGUUCAUCACACCAUCUACUCUAGCAUCAGUUGGUACAGUGCAGUUGUGGGUGUCUGGGAUUUUGGCCAUCCUGCGUGUGCUCAUCUCCCAGUCCACCGAGGACAUCAUUCUGUCUCGAAUUCAAGAACUUUCACUGUCGCCGUACCUGCUCUCCUGUCCAACCAUCCGUCGACUGUGUGAUGAUGAUGUGCCCGCUCCUCCUGAAACUCUGCCCGUUGCCAUGGAGGAUGCCAACGGAGAGACGCCGCGAUUCCCUCCUGAGGAAACCUUCGCUAGGUUCUUACUGCAAUUGGUUGGGGUGUUGCUGGAUGAUAUCGCCAAUAAGCAGGUGAAAGUGGACAUGAGUGAGCAGCAGCACACUUUCUACUGUCAGCAGCUCGGCACUCUGCUCAUGUGUCUGAUACACAUCUUCAAAUCAGGAAUGUUCCGGCGGAUCACAGCAGCGGGCAGCAGAUUGCUGAAGGCGGAGGGAGGAGAAGGGGGAGAUUUUUACACACUGGAGGGUCUGAACAGCCUGGUUCUCCAGCUCAUCACCACACACCCGUCUCUGGUGCUGCUGUGGUGUCAGGUCCUUCUCAUCAUCAACUACACCAACUACACCUGGUGGUCAGAGGUGCACCAGACGCCCAGGAGACACAGUCUGUCCAGCACUAAGCUGUUGAGUCCACACUCAUCCGGAGAUGAGGAGAGGCCUGAGGGAAAGCUGACCAUGUGCAAUAGAGAGAUCGUCCGCCGAGGAGCUCUUAUCCUCUUCUGUGAUUACGUGUGUCAAAACCUACAUGACUCUGAGCACCUGACGUGGCUGACGGUGAAUCAUGUGAGCGAUCUGAUCAGUCUUUCCCAUGAGCCGCCGGUGCAGGAUCUCAUCAGUGCCGUGCACCGAAAUUCAGCAGCCAGCGGGCUCUUCAUACAGGCUAUACAAUCACGCUGCGACAACCUUUCUACUCCGGUGAUGCUGAAGAAAACCCUGCAGUGUCUGGAGGGCAUUCAUCUCAGUCAGUCCGGGGCUCUGCUCAUGCUGUACGUGGACAAACUCCUGAACACGCCGUUCCGUGUGCUGGCUCGCAUGGUGGACACUCUGGCCUGCAGACGUGUGGAGAUGCUGCUCGCUGAGACCCUGCAGAAUAGCAUCGCUCAGCUUCCUCUGGAGGAGCUGGACAGGAUUCAGCAGUACCUGCAGACCAGUGGUCUUGCACAAAGGCAUCAGCGGUUCUUCUCCCUGCUGGACAGGUUCAGAGCCACUGUUGCUGAAGACACCACAAGCCCUGUCGCCCCUAUCACCACACACCCACUGGAUGGAGAUCCACCUCCUCCACCUGAAAACGUGGAACCCAAUAAGGAGUGGUAUGUUACUCUGGUGAAAUCCCAGUGUUGUUUGAAAGGCGAAGGAGCUCUAUAUGAAACUACAGAGCUGCUGACCAAACUUCCCCAAUCUGAUCUAAACGCCAUCAUGACCUGCAAGGACUUCAACCUGUGUCUGCUGGCAUCAUGUCUGAGUGUUGGGGUGCAGAGGGUGUGUAAGGACCAUGGGGCGGUUUUAUUUGACACUGCUCAACAGGUGACCUUCGAGCGACUGGCUGGCAUCAUAGAGCUCCUCCCCUCACCUCAUCAGCCCCUCCUCCCUUCAUCUAAAGUUUGUGCAGAUUACUGGCAGAAGCUGAAUCAAGUAUACGGUGAGCCUGGCUUUUAUCAGACUGUGUUGAGUCUGUGUGGCGUGUUGAGUCAGUACCUGCUGUCUCUGUCCAAACUGCCAUCCUCAAUGCACAUUCCCAAAAACAGAGAGACACUCAUUAACACCUUCAGCACCCUCGCUAUAGAGGUGGUGGUUUGGCGUUUGCUGCAGGAUCAGCUGCCUCUGAGUGUUGACAUGCAGAUGAGUCUGUCGUGUCUGUGUCUGGCUCUCCAGCAGCCGGCAGUGUGGACACACUUCACCUCUCACUCCUACCUCACACACACCUGCUCCAUCAUCCACUGCAUACAGCUCCUCAUCCAUGCAGUCGCUGUUGGUCCUGGUGACCAGUUUUUGAGGCCAGAGCGGAAAACAUCAGAACAGUCAGAAGACCAGAUGGACUCUUCGGAUAACCAGCGUGAAUGGCAUUGUUGUGAGAUCAUGGCCGAGCUGGUUGAAGGUCUGCAGACUGUCCUGGCUCUGGGUCACCACAAAAACAAGAACAUCCCAGCAUUCCUUACACCCACCCUACGAAACGUCAUCAUCAGUCUGGCCAGGCUGCCCCUUGUGAACAGCUAUACCCGAAUCCCACCACUGGUCUGGAAGCUGGGCUGGUCCCCCAGGCUGAGUGGAGAAUUUGGCACAGCAUUACCAGAGAUCCCUGUAGAGUUCCUGCAGGAGAAGGAUGUGUUCAGAGAGUUCCUCUACCGCAUUAACACUCUGGGUUGGAGCAGUCGAACCCAGUUUGAGGAGACAUGGGCCACGUUGUUGGGAGUGCUGGUUACUCAGCCAAUCACGAUGGACCAAGAGGAGGAAACCCAGCAGGAGGAGGAUCUGGAGAGGACUCAGAUAAAUGUACUGGCAGUUCAGGCUAUCACCUCUCUGGUACUGAGUGCCAUGACUCUACCGACAGCAGGAAAUCCAGCUGUCAGCUGUCCUGAACAGCAACCCCGCAACAAAAUCCUGAAAGCUCUGGACACCAGGUUUGGCCGGAAGUUGAGUGUGAUUAGAGGUAUGGUUGAGCGUGAGAUUCAGGCCAUGGUGUCAAAGAGAGACAACAUUGCCACACACUUUCCUUAUCAAGCCUGGGACCCUGUGCCAUCACUAUCAUCCUCAACAGCAGGCACACUCAUCAGCCAUGAGAAACUCCUCCUGCAGAUUAACACCGAAAGGGAGAUGGGGAACAUGGACUACAAACUGGGUCAAGUGUCGAUUCAUUCAGUGUGGUUAGGAAACAACAUCACCCCUCUGAGGGAGGAGGAAUGGGGUGAGGAUGAGGAAGAUGAAACAGACGCUCCAGCUCCAGCCUCGCCACCAAUAUCACCAAUCAACUCCAGGAAGCACCGUGCUGGGGUUGACAUCCACUCCUGCUCUCAGUUCCUCCUGGAGCUCUACAGUCAGUGGAUUCUCCCUGGCAGCCCCAGCAGCAAAAAGACUCCUGUCGUGCUCAUCAGUGAGGUGGUCAGAUCGCUGCUGGCAGUGUCUGAUCUCUUCACCGAGAGGAAUCAGUUUGAUAUGAUGUUCUCCACACUGACUGAACUGCAGAAGGUCCAUCCACCAGAAGAUGAGAUCCUCAACCAAUACCUUGUUCCAGCAAUCUGUAAAGCAGCAGCAGUGCUUGGCAUGGAUAAAGCCAUUGCAGAGCCUGUUUGCCGUCUGCUGGAGAGCACGUUACGCAGCACUCAUCUACCCAGUCGGAUCGGGGCUCUUCAUGGAGUUCUGUAUGUGCUGGAGUGUGACCUACUGGACGAUACAGCGCGACAGCUUAUACCUACUGUCAGUGAAUACCUGCUGUCUAACCUUAGAGCUAUAGCACACUGUGUGAAUCUGCACAACCAGCAACAUGUGUUGGUGAUGUGCGCCGUGGCUUUCUACAUGAUGGAGAACUAUCCGUUGGAUGUUGGCUCUGAGUUCAACGCCGGCAUCAUUCAGCUGUGCUGCAUGAUUCUGUCCGCGAGCGAGGAGGCCACACCAUCCAUCAUCUACCACUGCAUCCUGCGAGGUCUGGAGCGGCUGCUUCUGUCUGAGCAGCUUUCACGCAUGGAUGCAGAGACACUGGUCAAGCUCAGCGUUGACCGUGUAAACAUGCCCAGUCCACACCGCGCCAUGGCUGCCCUGGGUCUCAUGCUCACCUGCAUGUACACAGGGAAGGAGAAGGGAAGUCCUGGACGUCCUGCUGAUGCAGACCCCACAGCUCCUGACAGCGAGUCAGUCAUCGUCGCAAUGGAGCGUGUAUCUGUUCUGUUUGACAGGAUUCGCAAAGGUUUUCCGAGUGAGGCACGUGUUGUGGCCAGGAUCCUUCCUCAGUUCCUGGAUGACUUUUUCCCACUGCAGGAUGUUAUGAACAAAGUCAUCGGGGAGUUCUUGUCCAAUCAGCAGCCUUACCCACAGUUCAUGGCUACAGUGGUCUACAAGGUGUUUCAGACACUUCAUGCCACCGGUCAGUCCUCCAUGGUCCGGGAUUGGGUCCUGCUCUCCCUGUCCAAUUUCACACAGAGAACGCCUGUCGCCAUGGCCAUGUGGAGCCUGUCCUGUUUCUUCGUCAGUGCCUCGACCAGCCAGUGGAUCUCUGCCCUCCUGCCUCAUGUCAUCAGCCGCAUGGGGAAAUCUGACACGGUGGACAUUAGCCUCUUUUGCCUGGUCGCUAUGGAUUUCUACCGACACCAGAUCGAUGAGGAGUUAGACCGCAGGGCCUUCCAGUCUGUCUUUGAAAUGGUGGCUUCCCCUGGUAGUCCGUAUUACCAACUACUGUGCUGUUUGCAGAGCAUUCACCAAGACACGUCUCUAUAGAACAGGCCAAAAAAAAAAAAAGAUCAGUUCAUGGAAUAUUAAGCAUCAAAAUGAAGGUAACAUAACUCCCAAGCAGAAGACAUACAGUACACUCACCAGGAUGCAUGACAAGAAAUUGGAUUGGAUGUACAGAGUGGAAUCGGUUGCUAUGAUACUGUCAGAGAUGUGCUUCAAGUAGUUCAUAAUUAUUAGAGACAGUGGGACCAAUCCAGGCAAAACUGUACAUUCACUGUAGUCUGUGGCCACAACGCACCAAUGAACAUCAUUUAUCUGUAAUUAAAAAAAUAAGAAAAGCAGCACUACAUUCAGAAUAUUCGACUGCUAUCACAGUUAGGGCACCUGGCCACUGAAGCGCUUUUCCUGAGCCGAGUUGAGAAGCACCGUGUUUUUAACAUGCCAACAGGAUAGUCAUACACAGAGUGUGUUUUACGCUCAUCCAUUUUCUAAAUCGUCAACAGUCGGAGAAGCGAUGGCCGUUUUUAGUACAUCGCUCACAUUUCUGCAGGACAAAAACGCUUCGGUGGACAUGCGCCCUAAGUCAUUCACACAGUCUAUAUGGAUGUUUCAAGUGUAUAAAUUCUCUUCAUUUGGUAGCAGAGAAUGUUAAACUGUGGCAAAACUGCAGAGUCUCCAUCUUUAGAAAUGUAAUACAGUCAAUUUUCAGCUGUAAACAAUCUGACUGAAGAAGAUAUUGACAUUUCCUAAAUACAUCAAACAAACACUAGUAAAAUGUGUUCUGCACUUCGAGAAUUCUGCAGAUACAGCAUCAGAUACUUUAGCCCUCAGAAAUAGAGUAACUCCAUGUUACUUGUAAUCCAAUUUCGCUAAAAUCAGUACAACGGCCAUUUCUGCCCUAUUGUCUACACCAGUGUUUCCCAACCCUGUUCCUGGAGGCACACCAACAGUACAUAUUUUGGAUGUCUCCCUUUUCUGACCCAUUAACUUCAGGUGUUGGAGUCUCUUCUGAUGUUAUGAUAAGUUGAUUCAGGUGUGUUUGAUUAGGGAGAGGUUGAAAAUGUGUACUGUUAGUGUGCCUUCAGGAACAGGGUUGGGAAACACUGGUCUACACUUACAAGACCCUCAGUUUGAAGUCAUUCCUUUUGCAUGGGCGACACAUUGCUUUGCUCUGCGUUUGCUGACACUUGAAGCGAAAAAGGAUUGUAGAUUGAAUUUGUAUAUCCCUUCUCUAAUGCGGAAAAUUAUUGGGAAGAUUACUUUUUGUGUAUUUAAAUGUAAAAUGCGUUUGACUUACUGUACUAAGCAGGGUGAAUUGCCUGAAACAAAGUUUAUUUUUCCUCUUAAAAUUUAGUUGUCUAUAUUUGUUGUUUUAAAUUUUUUUUAAGAUGGAGAAGAGAAAACAGAAUCUCUGAAGUCCUUUUGUAUGGACUGGGUUUGAAAUAGCCAUAGCAGUUAGAAGUUUUUAAAUCGAUGGUUCCUCCAAUCUUCAUACUGUGCCCCUCGGAACACAUCUUCAGUUCUUUGUUCAGUUUCUUUUAAAAGCUCAGGACGUAAGAUAUGACUAUUGAUCUAGUGUAAUGACUGGAAUUAUGUAUUUUAAUCUAUAGAGUGUUUACAUCAAUGUACAAUUUGUGUAAAAGAAAUAAUAUUUGUGAUUAAACGAAUAAACUGUGGUGCAUGACAACAUCCAUCGGUGGAUAUGAGGUGGCAUUGCAAGCGAAGCUGCGCAGUAACCCAACCUUUCUUUCACUUUUGACAAACAUGGACUAUAAAAACUUUAAUUUCUCCAUCUCGGGUGGCUCAUGAGCUUUCACUGUAAAUAUAAUCCUAGCUGACAAGCUGAAUAUGUCAUGUAUAUUAACUUUAGCAUGCUUUAGUCUGCUGUCAGUAUUUUAUGUGAUGUCACGACAACAUUUGAAACAGAGUGGCUUGUGAUUGUUAGUCGGCUCAGUCUACAUGGACAUUGUAUAAUUGUAACUACCAAUAACGACAGAUGAAUUUGGCUAAUUCACACAACUUACGGCAUGCUUGCUAGUUCAAUACCAGGAUACGAUUAGCUUGUCAUGUCCAUUAAAUAUCCGUUUACUCUGAUUUGUCUUAGUGAAGCGAAAUAUGUAAAUAGCAAUUGAUACUUGAUAUUUUCACUGCUCAGCCUUUACUUCUCUGAAAUUAAUAGUAGAUAAAUAUUGCCCCAUGCCUAAAGGAUUUCUUAGAUUAUAGAAGCAUACAAAAAGAUGAUUUAACAGUGGCUUUGAAGAACUUUGUUUCAGUCUCUAGGGGUCAAGAACAGUUAGAAUAACUUGAAUGACUUUCACAGAGAGACCACCAAUAUAUUUGGACCAAAUGUGAAAGUACUGCAGAAUUGUAAUGUUAAUAGUGUGCCUAUCACUGACAAUUUCGUAUAUUCUUGACAUUGUUUGCUUGUGAAGAUUCAUUUGAGAAUGAGAGUGGAGAAUCUGACUGGUUUAAAGCAUCUCAGGUGGGCAUCAUCCACUAUUUAUCUGUUUCCCCUUUUACAAAAGAUGUGAUCCUGUUCUCGGAUUAGUGUUUACUUCAAUUUGAAUUUUCUGAGAGAGCUGGAUUGCAGCCGCAUGUCCCAUAAGUAUCACAGUAUGAUGCCAUGAUGGUCUAGCACCGGAGCCUUUUUUUAGAUUUGAAAAAGAAUCUUUUUCCCAUUGUUAUUUAUUUAGCUCACUUCUGCAAACUAUGGCUGGUAAAAAAAAAACAAGAAAUUGAUGUAUUUAUUUUGAUGGAUUGUUUUAACGUCAUAAAUCAUGAAGAAACUAUAAUAUAGAAAUUAAUAAAAUAUGCAAAAUAUUCAAUUUGGUUAACUGUAUUUUUUUUAUUGUUUAACACAUAUUGCAGGGCUC